GAAAUAUGCAGGGAGGAGGUAGCCCGUUUCAUCGCCCAAGGUCCUAUUUUAGCUGCUCGAGAUGCCCCCGGCUGACGCCACCGAGUUGGAGGCGGCGAUUGAGAGCGCUGCAAACAAUGCUGUCACCGACGACACCGUCGCCGUCGAUGCGAAUGAUAUGACCGACGAGAACCAGCAACGCAUCAAAGCCUUUCCGCUAGUCGUGGACCCCGCGUGGGACGGCGCGGCCUUCACCUCGAUGAUGCAAACCGACUUGCUUACGUACUCGCUCUCGCUCUCGGUCGCGCCUCUUGCCAAGGCCAUCGAGGCCAUGGGCGCUUCGCUCCAGAAACACGACGACACGCUACUGCAGCUACUGCAGUACUGCCGCCACCUCGAGACAGAAAACCAAAACCUGGUGCAGUCUGCGGAAGCGUCCAAGCAGGAGCUCCUGAGUCACAUUGGUGACGUGACCCAAGGCGUGCGCGACGAGCUCCUCGGGCACAUGCAGCCGCUGGCAACCAAGACCGAGGCGUUGACCGACGACUUGACGGCCGCCAUAGCGACCAUUGCGGACCUCGCAGCCCAAAUGCAUAUCAAAGCCACGGAAGUCACGCCGUCGCUGCCCCCAAUCGACCCGGCGAUGCCGCAGCUCGAGCGCAUGAAGAUGAUCGAAGACCGCCUGCGGGAGUGCGUGACAAUGCACGGUUUGGACCAGCUCCGCGACGAUCUGAGCGCCAUGUUGCCGUCGACCAGCGGGCUCGCCUCAGCAAAUGAGCUCUCAGCGCUCAAGGACGAGGUGGAAGCGUCGCUCCAGAAACAAGCGCUGGCGCUCCAGGAGCAGCUCGCGGCGCUGCAGACGAGCAUUGAGGACGCUGGGAAAGCGGCAAAAGCACCGGCACCGCACCUCCAUGAACUCAAGCGUGCGCAGAGCUACAACACGGCGCUGAAACCCAGCACGCUCGGCAGUGUGACGCCACCCGUCUCAGCCGCGCCACCGCCACCCGUGGACCUCACCGAGGUGCACCAACGCCUCAACCAAGAGGAAGAGCUCUUGGAGGCGCUCCGGCAGCAGUACGAAGCGUUGCAAGAGGCCCUUCAGAGCCACGCCGACGACGUGGCUGAGCUCAAGCUGCAGGUGGCCAUGACACCCACGGCCGAGCUCUAUGCGCCCCGCACCAUGGCGCCCGCCAUGACGACAGCGCCCGUGACGAGCGACGUUGUUGACAACGAGAUGCAAUUGCACCGAAGUCUCCUCGACGCCCUCGGGCGCGAAAUGACGGACGCACGCACCAAGCACGAGCACGUGGUUCUGCAGCUGCGACGCCUCGAUCCGCUGGAGAAACAAGUUCGGGACCUCGAGGCCGCGCAGCUGAUGCUGCAAGGCGACUCGGACGCACAUAAAGCCGGAGCCCAUGCGCUUCAAACGGAGCUUCGCAAAGUCGCCAACGACUUUCGCGCGUUCCAAGAUAACCAAAGCUUGAUGCAAAGCUUCUCGGCAGCCACGAAAUCGGGCGACGGCGGCGCGGACUUUAGCCAAGUGCUUGGUCGGCUCGCAGAGAUGCGCGCGGCGCAGGACGCUGCCAUGGACGACGUCCGCAGCCGCAUGGAUACGAUUUCCGACGACAAUGGCGUGACGCAGCAGUGGGUGCACCGGCUCCAGAACGACGCCAAGUACCUCUUGGAAAAGAACGAGAAGCACGGCGCGCACAUCGCCGACUGGAUCGAACGCGACGACGACGAUCGGCAAAUGGCGCUCCGACACAUUGAGACAGCGCUUCUCAAAGAAAAGGAAGGACUUCAGCGCGCGCUCCAAGCGCAAGAGCGGCUCGGGAUCGGGUUCGUCGACUUGCACCAGCACGCGCUCGCGUUGCGCAAAGACCUCGAGCGACUGGGCGCGGCCGAGGUGCUCUCAGUCAAGCUGCCCGAGAUCCAAGGGCUCCACACUGCAUUUGAGCACCUCCUUGUGCAAGUGCCACCGCUCAUCGCUAUGCCCGCGCUGCUCAAAGACUCGUUGGCGCGCCUUGGCAACGACAUUGAAGCCGCGCAUCUUCCAUCGGACGACACGACAACGCUCCAAGACAAAGUCACAAGCCUUCUCCAGCUGCUCAAUACGCUCGAGCAACACAACACUGACAUGACGACGCAGAACGAGCUCGCGAAAAACAAUAUGGACGACCUCUUCCAGCUCUGGAACUCCAAGAUGCACGUCGAUAUGCUUCAAAAGUACACGCAGCUCGUUAAGGAGCUGCGGGAUAUGGCGCGGAACGGCCGGUCCCCCAGUGUGCACCCGUCUUCGGCUAGUUCACCAUCCCGGUCGGGUGAUGGCCCCGUGGAUGCCAAGAUGUUUGACACCAAGCUCAUUGGGACGAACCGCCGACUGGCCGAGAUCGAGGAUACGCUCCGCGCGAUGAGCCGGAACCUCGUGUCGUACCGGACCGACCUUAGCGACAAGGUCACUGCCAGCAACCUCGCCAAACUCAAAUUUCAAGUGUUCUCGGAGCUCGCCAAGAUCCAUGCCGUGCUCGGCUCGGCGCGCUUCAAUUCGACGGGCGCGGGCACGACGGUGGUUUGCGACGACGCCGACAUCAAGUCCAACCUCGACGCGCAAGCCGAGCUCAUUGCCAGUCUCUGCUCCGACCUCAAGCAGUCGCUCUCGGAGAAGCCGUCCGAUGACAAGACGGUUCUCUCCCGCCUCGGCCACGACGACGACCAGUUCAGCUCCAAGUUGGAGAGCAUCACGGACAAGGUGGCCGAGAUGUUUGUCAACCUCGAAGCCAAUCGCAACGCGACGCAGCCGCGGCACGCAAUCCCGACGUACAACCCCGCGCAGAUGCUCGACAGUUUUGCCCAAAACAUCGAAGCCAAGCUCGCCGAGUCCCAAAACCUCACGAAACUGCAAAUCGAGAGCAUCAAGAACGAACUCAACGACGUAAUUCGCUUCCGCGUGGCCAAAGCUCUCGAGUCAAUUCGAGAGAACCUCCCGAUCGGCGAAGAAACCACGGCGGGCGGGAGCAAACCGGUCAUUUGCAUUGCGUGCAGUCGCCCCGUGCGCGUCGAGCCCCAUGUUCAUGAAACCGUCCAUGAUCGGCUGCCGAUGGAGCCGAUUCUCAAAGUCCCCCACGACCCCGUCUUGGAAGCGCUGACGGACCAAAUGGGCGACGACUACCACGUCUACCGCGCAGGGUUUCGAAUGCCGCAGCACGAAAAGCGGGCGGGGCCAGGCAAGAGUGUGCUCCCGCUAUUAUCGUCCAACCCAUCGUCGCCGACUUCCCCAGUCAAGCGCGUCAAGAAGAAGACGCACGAGGCGGCACCGAGUUAGUUGCGAUAACGAGCAAAGUGUGGUCAUUGUGUUGCUGA